ACACUAGAUGGUUCUGGAAAGCUUGUUGCACACAGCACACUCUGUAUCGAUUGCGUAGAAUCAAGAAAUGUGCACACGGCGCUAGAUUAUACUCCUAAUAUAAAAUAGGCGUGCAAUAUUCCAGUCAGCGUACAGUAAACAGUGAAUUACCGGUCAGUAUUUCAAAAGCUUUCGAAGUAACCAAAACAUUAUACAGUCAUCAUGAGUCAAGCCGAAGGAGCCUGCUGCAGGAAGGAGCAAGUCAGCUGCAAAUGCGACGAUUGCAAAUGCUCAGAUUCCGGCAAAUGCGGCCAAAGUUGCAAAUGCGACAACUGCAAAUGCUGCUCAACCGAAAAGAAUUGCUGCAGCAAGGGUUGUGAGUGCGGAGACAACUGCCAAUGCAGCUCUGAUAAGAAGAAUUGCAAAUGCACCAAUUGCAAAUGUUGCGAGUCCGAUGAUGCUUGCUGCAAAAAACCGGACGACGCUUGCUGCAAGAAGUCUGAGGAUGCUUGCUGCAAGAAGUGAGAAGCAUCGUUUUGGGAUAAUCAGUAUAUGGCUUUUAUGCGGUUUAAGAAAUUGCUGCAUAUAUUUUAUAAUGGGGAACAUAAUAUGUUAAGAUGAAAAUAUUCCUAUGUGUCAAAAUAUACAUUCCAAAUGAGGAUAUAUUGUUAGUCCAAGUGUAAAUUGAAUGCUUGAAUAAAAAGUCUAUGAAAAUUAA